AUGUCGUCUUCGGAUGAUUCGUUGAUGAGGGUAAUAGAUUCGUCGCCCAUUGUUGGAAUAAACCCCAACGGAAGACAAAAUCGUUCGAAAAAGCACCUGAUACGUCGGAAUGAGCCCAGCAAGAAUCGUGUGCACCAAAAGCGGUGGCUCUCAGAGGUGAAGAUUGUGAGCGUCAUUCUUCCUUGUAUCGAGGUGAAGGCGUUGACAGAACUUCCACCACCGCCGGAGAACAUGACACCUGGUGUUACCACCGGUAACGGCGUCUACACAACAAUGCUUGGGGUGCGUUCGUUUCAGUUCGUGAUGCAGCAAGCCAUGCCGCCUGCUCAUGCCGCAAUGCAGUUGAAGAUGAGCACCAUUUCCGCUUCUGUCACGUUCUCUUCGCUUGCCAUCAUUACGCAAGUGGAGUACGAGCCGCUCGCGCGAGAGGGAAAUCUUCGCAUCAAGGUCCCUGGCAUCGCGUACGACGAGGAAAAGGAUACCCUCGCUGUUUCCUAUCUUACUUCUUUCUGCGGGCGCGGAAAGCAGGACUCCACACACGGAGUGGAAAGCGGGACAUGCCGAGUGACGUUGGACACCGUUGCCUUCCACCUUACCCGCAACUUCUUCCACUAUGUGGGUUCCAUAAAGGCUAUGCUUCUGCAGCUGCACAACGUUCGCUUACCACGUCAGUUGCAGCUCUUUUCUCAUGCCUCCACGCCGGAGCCAAUGGUGAUUCACCACGAGCAGGCGGAUAGCCUGUGUGACUUUAUAUUUCCGUCGCUUUCACCAUCCUUGUCCGAUGUUCCUUUUGCUUCGAUGGGAAACUUUGGUAUUGAGGCGAAUCGCAUCGUGCAGGGUGUCGGGUCCAUUAACACACUGCGUGUUGAGCUCGUCGAUGUGUAUCGCGAGGGACGUUACAUGCGUGUCCACACCGAACAUGCAAACCUCAUGGAAGUCACGCGCCCAUCAGCAAAGUUUUUUGCGAUGGUGCCAAUAAAGCGAAAAGGCGAGCACCUCAAACGUCUCUGUGAUAUGAAGAACUCCGUUUCUGCGGCACCGCCGUCAAUGACGGCCGAUCCUUCUGUACCCUUCUGCGAGCCACCGGACUCUCUGUUACCUCCAGAGCGACGGCGGCGACAGCAUCGCGAUGCGGAAGUACACUUCAUCGGCGAAGUGAAUUCACUGGUUGUGAAGUGCUACCCAUCGGUGCUGCACAUCAUUGGUGCCACAAAGGAGCUUAAUGUGGUGAGUGCGGCGGGCGUAGCAGUCCAUAACGAGGGAGCCUCACACCAGUCCGUACCUGUGUUGCUUCGCGAUCUACUGAGUUCCCCUGCCACAGGCACAGCUGGGGCCGGGAUUGGUGUUGUGCUGAAAGGCAGUUUCACGUUCCACCAGCUGGAUGUGUCGAUGCUGCACUCGGAUCUGAACUUUAUGCAGUUCAAGGGGUCAAAACUCACCGGGUAUGGCGAGUCCCGCACGGAACGUGUCAGUUCGCGUGAAUGCGUUCAGACGCACGUCCUUACAGAAGCGAUUUCAGAAAAUUUACGAGAGAGACUGCAGUCGUGGUUACGGAGAGCGCGGGAGCGGGCCCCGAAGACUCGUUACGCCGCCCCGCCAUCUGUAACACCGCAGCUGCAUCUUAAGAACAGUGCAUUCUUCUUUGCAGAGACUAUCUUCUUGCAGUACGUUGCCGACUCCAUUUUGCCCACCGCCCCUGGUGUGGGCGACACUACUCCUUUGGAGUCACCGCGUACUCAUGAAGAGUCGCGUGUGUUUCUUGCCACUGCCACACAACUGGCGGUUGGAGUGCAUCAAGCAGACCAAAACAACGUCAACAACAGUGAUGGUAAUGCCAAAAGCAUCUCGGAGAACGAGCCAAAGAUGAUAGAGAAAGGUGUGCAGAUGAACCUGCAAGUGGAGAUUGGAAAGAUCACAUUGUCUUCGCCGUACCGUCCUCAGGCGACUGAGACGGUACAGCCCCAACUCCACCAAUGGCUACGGGAGUGGGUGAAGUCACGGAAGAUUCUGCGAGCCAUGCGCUCUUCGUAUGCCGCCUCUGUGGGUCAAGAGAACUCAUUUCUGCCCGUACCUGCCAAAACUAUGUAUGCCUGGUGUUGUGCUGUGCAAAUCCGUGAAAUGCGGAUGAGGACUGAUUUGCCGCAAUCUAUAAGUGUUGAACUGAAUGUUCCGCUCGCAUCAGCCUUUUUGAAUGCAUCUUCCGACGAGCGCAUGGCAUUGAAGGCGAAUGUACAUCCAUUCUCGCUGACCUCAAAGAGCCCCUCUACAGGGAAACAUGUAGUUGAGCUGCCCAACAUAUACGUUAUAUACGCUAAGGAUGAAGCGAGGCGGACCGGAAACUGUUUGAUGGAGAGUUUGGAGAUUACUGUGUUUCCCAGUAUCAUAAGUCAUGUGCUUUUGAUUUCUGACAGGUUCUUAACUGCCUACGCAGCCCUCUCAAAGCCUGUUCUUCUUGAUGAGGAUGACGAGAAUGAUGCAAAUAUGUCACCCCGUGAAGACCAGCCCAUACCACUGUCGUCAGGGUGGAAAGGCCGUUUCAUGUUUUUGCUAGAAGGUCUUCGCAUAUCAUACUUGACGUCCAUGACAAACCUUCGGUUCUCUGUUCGGAGGCUCAACGCGUUGGCAUAUAUGUCGUCUUGGAUGGGCCAGAGGCCGACACACUUGGUAGCAAAUGUCGCUAACGCACAGAUAGCUCUCGUGGAUCGCGAUGACUAUGAUCAACUGCAAUCCUCCCUGCGCCAGGCGGCAAUGGUUAGUCGCAGCGAUGCCUCCGUGCCCAGCACCAAGGCGGCAUUCCUGCAUCAUCCUUCUGUCUCAGCGACCUUUGAUGAUUCAGCGCGUGCUGUGCGUCCGCUGGGUGGCUACAUAUGGGGCCUUUUCGAAACGUCUUUCACAUUGUCCGGUGGAAGAAGCGUCACGAAGGAGCGUAUGGCGGCUCUUGAGAACCUUUUUAUUGUGUCGCCCGGAACUCCUCUCACAUUGAAUGAACUGGAAAUGCUUAGCAGCACCGCCAUGUACUGGAAUCUCUCUGUCUUGUCGCCGCUCAUCAUUGCCCGGAUCGGGUUGGUAUCAUUGCUGAAACAGUCUUUUGAUGAGACCAAAGACCUUGCGGAGAAAAUGCGGUUUGCGACGCAGCGGGAGGGCCGGUUGUUCCGCCGACAGCUCGCCAAGUCUGCGGCGUACCGGCGCCUAGCGCGUGUGCGGAAACAAAUAGACGCGGAUAUAGAAAAAACAGGACAAAGCCGGAUGGAACGCCUCAGAGAAUUGGCUUCGAAGGCCAUUCCGAGGUCCAGCAUGUCGUUUUCGCGGCGCAUUUCACUGGAGUCACGAGGAGAAGCCAACCAUAUUGACUCUGAUGAUGCGAACUUCUUCAACGCAACGUCUGGUAAUAAGUUUUUGGUGAACGUGACCAAUUUCCUUGUUGUUAUGCCAUUUGGCGAUUCAGCGUACCGAAGCAUUUUGGAUGAAUUGCCGGAUGUGUACGUGAGUGGGCGCGGUGCGGCAACACUCAACCGCAAGCGUUUCAUUCCUACCAUGGCGCUGAAGGUGAAGGUGGAUAACACCACGGUUUCUUGCUGUUUCCUCACUUCAAGGAGAUGCGUUCCUGUGAUACAUCCGAGCCGAAGCGGUGAGGAAUUUGGUCUCUUUUUCGGCCCCAUGGAACAGGACACGAUGAGGACUGAGAAAUUUACCGCCCGCCUCUCGAUGGAUGACGCGUACUUCUACUGCAGCGACGGUUCUCCUCUCGCCACUGAUGCCUCAGCGAAGGAACUGCUGAGCAGCACCCACAUUCUUGGUGGACGUGGCACUCUUACCAGUUUGGAACGCAAUGAGUACCGUCACUCCAUGUCAAAGAUCUAUUUCAGCUCCAUUGAAAUACCCCUGCAUGUGAGUAUGUCUGAUAGUGACAUGAAUAUUGGCGCCGUCGUCGAUAUGAGCGCCCCGCAGAUUGCCCUCUCGACGCGUAUAGUGAGUAUUCUUAGUCAAAUCUCACAGGAGAUACCGUCAAAGCCCUUCCCUCACUUUUUGAAAUCCAACCGAGCGUGUCCUGUCGCUUCUACUGCUGCGACAACAACGGCGACGACGACGAUGAGGACGGUGGCGCAGAUGGCGAAUAACAUUGUUUCAUCGCAAACGGUGUCAUCACUAUCAGAAGCGCCGGCAAGUGUGGAGGGAAAGCGGCGGCAUUUCGAUCCGAUGAGUCCACUUGGAGAAUUACAGGAGACAGAGAAGACCCCCACGCUGUAUCACAUUGACCUCACAGCACGUAUUGAGCGUGGUGAGAUACGAAUGUAUGCUCUAGAGAAAGGCAAUGCUACCCCUGGCGCCUCUACGACUUUGCCAAUAUUAAACCCUUCGAAUGCCAAGGUGGCUCGUUCGCAACGGCGACGUGUAAAGUUUUCUAGUAGCGCGGCUGAAGCGAAUAGUAGUGCUACUACUUGUUCCGCUGAUGGCACCGGAGCAGGGAGUCCGAUGGCAUUGCUGCUUACGAUCCCGUUGCCUAGCAUUGUUGCUCUAGUGGUAUCGAGCUUCGGCGGCGGCAUGAUUGGCAGUGAGGAAACGAUGGUUCGCCUGGAUAUACGGGCAAGUACCAUCGAGAUUGGUCCCUCCAUCAUGUCUCUUGCGCAGGAGAUCGAGGAAUGGGUGGUGGUGUAUGAGCGUGACAACAACGAACGCGCGGCAAAGACACUCAGCUUGGUUCGGGAGUGGGAGCGAAACCUCGUCGGUCACAACUUUGCACUGCACUCCUCUCUUGCCGACGUGGCGUUACCACUUCCUCGCGCCUUUGCUGCAUCGUUGGCUGAAAUUCGCUUAGCAUCGAGUAGUGGUAGCCCACUGCGGCGACAACAUCAGCAGCGCCAAAAUACAGGAGAAACGACAUCUUUCAAACGGCGACUCCGACAUUUAAACUUAACGAAGCGGGUUGGUCACAAGAAGAGUGGUUUCAUGAGCAUUCACAUGCAUAUCACAGGGUUUCGUGUCGUUCUGACGACGGAGCCUGCAUCAAAUGUAUAUCUCUCUCUUUUCCUCGACGAGCGCGGUGGCAGCAUUGACUUGUUCAUUAAGCGCAUCUCUGAGCGACCACCUUCGUGGUUUCGCGGGUCAACCGGAUUCAUACCGCCAGUAGUAUCCUUCGUUCUCAGCGUGCGGCGUCUUCGGGUGGAGUGUCAAGCGAAACUAGAGGUAAAGACACUGGAGGUGUUUCUGCCAGAGGUGGAGGUCUGUGCCGCAGUGCGCCGUCGCUGCGGUAAGUGGGCUGUGACAAGUGUCUGCAUUCACCUGCCACCAGAGACGUCUGGCAGUGCUGGGCUAGAAAUGACGGUGCGUGCGCCGCACGUGUCGCAGCUCUUCAUUGUGCAGGAGCUGUGGCAUAAGUCGCUGUGUGAGUCUCUGCAAAGCAUCCGCCAGAUGUUUGCACGCGGUGCCCACAUCAUUAAGGAGAAUGCGAAGAUGAACGUCAUUAUUCAGCGGCGCAUGGAGUCAAUUCGACAGGGCUUCUCAGAGGAAACGCUGCUGCUUGUCGUGACGGGGGCGCACGGCAAGGUGCGCCUCGACCUUGGCUCUGGCAAUGCACAGCAGGCGUCUCUCGGCGGGGUGGGUCUCGUGCUGCACCUGGUGCGGCCUGUCUCGCGUGCGUGGCGCAAGAUGUGCUUCGAUGUCGCUGUGCGUACCCUCAUGCUGCGCUCAGAGGGUGUUCUUUCCGGUGUGGCGAGCCUCGACAAUGUCUACUUGAAGGCGUUCCUCAUUGAGAACGCCAGCGAUGCGGCCGUUUUGAUGCGGUCGCCGGCGGGCCGCACGUUUCGCGAGGUGCUGUGCAUGCAGAAGCUGCACGCGGUGUUCAAGGAGCGGCAGCUGAAGGACGUGUUUGAGUGCCACGUGACGGAGUUCCGCGCCAGCUGCCUGGACGGCGUCGGAGAGGAGGAUUACACAACAGUAGAGGCCGACGUGUUCCUCUCUAGGAGCAGCGUCGUCGUGACUCCGAGUACGGUACCAGCGUUCCUUAAUACCAUCACAAGCUUCAGUGAUAUUGUUGCGGCACAGCGGAAGAUAACAGCGACCAAGCUGCUUGACAGCGGCGCCUACACGGCACAGGCGUCGCGCACGCGAAAGCUGGAGGAUGUCGUUGGCAGGAGCGAAUGGACACCCGUUUUUCGUGCGUCUGCUACCCCUAAUGAGAGCACGCUGUCCCCCUCAGUCACACUCUCUCUGAACGACAACAAUGUAGUUGUCACCAGCGAUAAGGAUGAUGGUGGGAACAGCAGUGGACGUGACAAUAGUGCUGAGAAGAUACAUGCUGAGUGUUUUGCCUUUAUGGGGAAUGCACUCACCCGUAUUCCGUGCGGCCAGAUCCACAUCAAGCUGGAGCAGACGACGCUGCUCCUGGGGAGCGCCCCGACUGGUGCGAACAGUGCGGGUUCCCUCAUUGCGAGUUUUCCAAUGGCGGCACUCUCCUUCGCGGAGUGUCCGAGCGAGGCAGGCACUGUGGUGAAGAAGGUGCUCGUGCUUGACACGGAGAACAUGGAGCUCUUCCGCCCUGGUGUCGUUAAGGUUCUUAUCCUUGGCUUCCGUGGCGUCAACAAAUUUGAGUUCUACUCCAGGCAAAAGAUCGGUGACGGUGAGGUCGGCUUUAUGUUGACCCUGGACCAGGCCCACCCAUGGACGGGGAACCCACGCUUCCAGGACUUCCAGGAGCUGAUCCAACUCAUACGUUCCUUCACGGCGAAGAGCAACGCAGAGGUGUUCCAUAAGUUUGGAAGGGCCGACCAGGCGUGGGACGAGGGGCGAUCCACUGGAACACCAUCUGCUAACGCUGUUGCUGAUGUUUCUGUGGACGAUGCUCAUGCCGCAGAGAGUACAGCAGUAAGUAAGACCAGAAAGCCCAUGGAUGAACGCACUUUGAAAGCCCUGCGGAAUGUGAAGUUUUCUCCUCAGCUUCGCUUUGGUGGUGAUGUGGCGGUAAACAUUGAUGUGAUCCUCAACUGGCUCGGGAUAUCUGAGAAGAUGCUGCCGCACAUCCUCCACGUGCAGAUGGGUGACAAAAUGGAAAGGCUACUGAGCCGCCUAGCAGAUAAGGUAAGUGAACGUGUGACGCGAACCAAUUCUGCUUAG